GUUUCUAUUAUGUUACACUAAUCUGGGUCCGUUUCGCCUGGAAGGCCAUUAAUAAUUAAAACUAUAGGUGAAAAACACUAACCUCAGGAAAACUAAGUUUAGCAUUCAUUUGAUAACACUUGCGCAUCAGUCAUGUCGACGCAACAGACUCACAGCACUGCUUUCCAGACUAAGUUAGCUUCCAUCAUGGAAACGCUCGCCCAAGCGGCCGUGCUGGAGAUCGCGCAGCUGUGGGAGGACGCCUUCGCCCUGGUCCAUACCGAGCUCCGCCGCAGGGAGCGAGAGGUGGAAGUUCUGGAGAGGAAGCUGCUGGAGAACCAGCGGCGCGAUACGAAUGUGUCGCCACCGGCGCUCGGCUCAUCCGGCGAGGAGCAGCGAAACGACCAGCCGCCGCCCACCACCACCUCCAGUGAUGGGUUAUCUCCAAAUAUGAUCCCAUCUUCUGAGCAAAGUGCAACAGAGAAGGCGGACCCCUUGGCCAAUCACAGAGAGGCUCCGCCCAUUCAUGAGAAUACUAGCGAGCAGACCCACAACGACGGAGUCGAUAAGGACUUGCCGGUCAAGCGAGAGGAUGACGAGGACGACGUGAUGAUCGUGGAGCAGGCCAGGGACCGGGAGGGUGAGGCCCCUACUGACAGGCCUUCAGGUCGUGGUGCCGAGGUCGAGGAUCAAGAGAGUCGCAUGUGGUCGUCCGUUUCUGUUGGUGACAGCGACACCGCAGAGGAGACGGACUUAUUCCUGGCCUCCAAUUCCCAAAACGUUGAUCCGGAGAUCCUGUUCAUUGAGAACGCCUUGGACAUUCUGGAUAAUUCCUCAGACAGAUUACUCGGGAACACCAGACGCGCUGCGUCCAGUCACUCAAGGGUUCCUGUGACUUUUAGACAAACUCAUCCUCCUGGGCACUCGGACGAAAGGCGGGACUCUUAUCACACCGGGAAGUUCCAUCCGGACAACGGCGUCUUCAUCUUUGAUGACCCGAGGCUGGGCAAAGGUGUGGUGGGGCGACGCGUCAAGGAGAAGUGGUUCAUUUGCCCUUUCUGUGGCAAGAGCUUCGACCGCGUCAGCCACCUGGAGAUCCACCAGCGUAUCCAUACAGGCGAGAAGCCGUACACUUGUGACAUGUGUGGCAAAUCCUUCUCACAGAGAAGUAACCUGCGUACGCACCAGCGCACACACAAGGAAUCUUUAGCCCCUCAGUGACUCUCUGAGACCAGAGAGAGCAACCUGAAGAAACACUUGAUUACAACAAACUAAGCUGCGACACACAAUAUGACAAAAAGUAAAAAUCCCUUAAGAUUCACGAGCCAUCUGUUGUGUAUACGUGCUUUGAUUUUAGUAUAGUGGUACCCCGACUAAUUCUUAUUUUUUCCGUAAUUUGUGAUUUGGACGAUUUUUUUUGCUUUGACUUGGCACGGAAUGCCACAACCGCAUCGUGAAUCAGAAGUCGAGUGCACUGACCGCUGAGCUACAAGCUUAGCUGCCAGCACUUCAUGUUUUAAGGAGUGAGGUUUUGCUAACUUCGGACAGUGAAUGCAUGCAUGCAUCCUUUCCACUUCCGGAAAAAAAUGGACCCUUUUCUGCUUCAGCGGGGAAAAUAAGCAAAUAUUUAAAAGGGAAUUGGCAACUUUUAUCACAUUUGUUAAAACAGUCACGGCGUGAUGGUAGGGCUGCAAAAUUGAUCAGAUUUUGGAUCUCAAUUUCAGGUGAACUUUCUCAAUUAUUUCUCAGCCAACCACUGGGGGGCGAACAACAUUAAGUCAGCUGCAUAAGUUGGCAAACUGUUGUGGGAGCCUUAGAGCGGAAGUUCAGAAUUUUUUACAUUAGGCUUAAUUGAGUUAGCAGGGGUUUAAUUAGUCGGUGGAGUUGAUGUCGACAAAUUCCGUGCAGUUUAAGUUAUUCGUUAGUUUCAGGGCUCGGGAGUGGCUAAGCUAACGCGAGUCAAUGGGGCAAACUUAAAAACGAUACAGAUCUACAAACAGAUCCAACAUAGUCAAAUACAAAAGGCACAUCAUUGUUCCAAAACACCCAUGCGGCCAAAACAGUCACAAAAAACUGCCGUAUUUCAUUUCAUUCCGCAGGACUUUUUUUAGAUGUGUAAAACGACCACAAUAGAGAAGAGUGCUUCGGCCACUCGUGCUCACGCUGCAUUCAAGGUGGGAAGUCAGACUUAACCCUCUCAGGGGUUACAAGUUGCGACCUCAAAGCAUUCCAAGCGAAUGUAAACAAAGAUUGCUGAUCGCGACAAGUUUUAUUUUGCCCAUCAAAACAUAUUUUGACCUCCAGCAAACCUGCCUUCUCAUAAGCUAUCAAAUGGUGGAGGCGUUCCAAUAUCUUUCCAGAUCAGAGGUUGGAAACUCAUUUCCCAACUUUCUCGAAUGCAGCAUCAGUCUGCUGACUUAAAAGACAGCCGGCAACAUGGCGAAAUGUGAAUUUAGAGGCUGUGGAAACAGAAGAAAUGGGCAAAGGAACGUUUCCACAAAUUCCCUUUGAAGGAGGAACAAUAUAAACCGGUUACUUGCUGCUGGCUACGACCAGUAUUCUUAAUAACGGUGUUAGGGUAUAACGACGUUACUAACGGCAUUUUUUUCCAGUAGUGAGUAAUCUCAUUACUUUUAUUACUUAUUACUCACCUUUGCGAUGCCAUUACUGUUACUGAGCAUGUAAAGGCGUGCGUUACUAUGAGUUACUACGUUGGUUGAAUGACGCAACAAAUGUCAGAGACGCGGACUCGCUGAGAAAGCAGAGUGGGAGUGGUGAGGAGGAAAGGGAGUUAUGCCAUUGCAAAUGUAACGGGUACACGCAGGUCCGUUGUGGAGCGUGGAAACCUCGCUGCCGAUUCGUACAUGUAGGUGCGCUGGUGGCUGAGCCGUUGGCUCAAGCUUAUGUCACAACGGUUAAAGUACCUGCCUGCCGAGUGGGAGCGGAAAGCGGUGCUGACACACCGGUUACACAAACGCAAUGCUCUGGGUGGCACCAAUAAGAACUGACUGUAGCAGAUAGCCUACAAAUUACACCCACAUGAUGUUACGAUAGAUAUCACACGUAUAGAGAACUAGAUGUGUAAUGAUACUCACUGGCGUUAGUAAACGGCCGCCAUCCUAAAGCAGUAGACUUCUCAGGAAGGCUCUGUUGUAGAGAACCUUCCUAGCGAACCUAAGUAACUUUUGAUCUAAGAUACUCAUAAAUCAGCAAAAUCUUGACUUAAAUAUCUUUAAAUGAUGAAACAGUUUUAAAAUUUUCACAUGUCGAAAGCAGACAGAACGGAACUAAUGCAAUAACAGGAGCAAUUUUAACAACUUUAACGGUUGAUUCACAACAUUAUAUGACUUCCAAACAUAGCAAAGGUUACUAUCUAGUUAUCGUAAUAUUAGCAGUACCCCUGUGUCUAGUUAAGUUUAAGGUAAAGAAUUGGGAUUGUGCCAAAAACCCUUUGAACUUCACAUAGUGUUACUUUUUUUUUUUUUUUUUAAUGAAAAAAAAAAAAAAAAACACCACCAGUUACUUUGCCAAGUAACUAAUUACUCUUACAUUCAGUUAAGUUACUAACUCUUUUUGGGUGAUGUCAUUUGUAACAAUUUUUUUUAAAAGAUUAACAACACUGGCUAUGCCAUAAAUCAGCGGUGAAAACAAACUGAUAUCACUUCACCUUGCUCCUCUGCAGAGCUUCUGGAUUACGAAUGUUGCAGUUCAUAGUGCAUUUAUUGACAUGCAAUGGUAAAUUUUAAUCCAGAAAACACCGCCAACACGAUUGAUUGCAUGGGUCAUUGAUGAUUUUUAUGUGUGCAUGUUGUUUUUUAUUGGCAUGCUAAAUCAGCCCAGUUGACUCGUGCCAACUCCACCGACCAAUUAAACCCUUGCUAACUCGAAGAUAAAACCUGAUAUCAAAAAUUCUGAACUUCCCCUUUAAAAUGCUUAAUGGACCAAUGGGGCCAGACUGUAGAAGGGUACAUUUUAUUCUAGAAUUUGUCAUGUAUGGCCACAGAGUCACAAUUUAUUUAUUGUUUUUUUUAAAGUUAUGCUACCAAGUACACAUCCUGACUUCCAGGUAAAACUACAACUUUUGCAUUUCUUUAGAAAUGUCAACUCAUCCAUUUUUUGUGGGUGGGGCCAUAAAUUAACCAUUUCUGUGGCUCCCAAGAAAUUACAUGUUGCCUUGAGCUGCUGCGGCAAUGUCACCUGAGCUCUCUCCAGCUAGGUGUGUGUGCCACCAUGUCCUGUUUUCUUUUUGUUUCUUCUGGUGUCUGUCUAUACUCUGAUUCACAAGAGUGACGGCGGUCUGUUCAUACGGCUAGAGAUUGAAUGUGCUGAUUAGUAACUGCUUGUGCAUAAGUGUGCCGCAGUAGAUUUUGGAAGGUAACCCCUAAAAGACCAUUGCUGGUGUGCAGCUUGGACACUUGAAUGCACUACACUGUAUGAGCAUGAUAUUCAGCUUAGUUACACAUUAAACAAAUCCGUUACAUUAUUUAUAUUUUCUAAGUGUUUUUCUUCAAUAAAAACAUGUAACAAACAAGUCGUUUAUUUGGCGUUAUGAA